AUGAGAAGUUAACUCCAUAGAAGGUGUCAUUGAUCUGAAAGCUUUCAUGGCUCCCUGGAUCAGUAUGCACUUGUCCGUAUUACUCUCUAUACACACAGGCAAAGCCCUAGCCAUCUUCCUUCUCGUCCUCCUAGUUGUUCAUGUCCUCCAUUCUAGGAAACUCAAAUUCACCAAACAAUAUAAGAAUCUUCCCCCGGGAAGCUUCGGAUGGCCAGUUGUCGGUGAGACCCUAGCGUUGUUCCGAACUGCCCGGGCUGGAAGACCGGACAGCUUCAUGAGGGAGAGGAUGAAGAAGUAUGACUCUCGGGUCUUCAGGACAAAGCUGUUCAAUGAGCCGACCGCCGUCUUCUGCGAUGCUGAGGGAAACAGGUUCCCCUUCGCUAAUGAGGGCAAGAAGGUCACCGUGUGGUGGCCGAGCUCGGCUCAGAAGCUGUUGGGAUCAUGUAUAAUAACCAUCGGUGGUGAGGAAGGUAAGGAAGAGGUGAUGGUCUACCCAGCAGCCAAACUAUACGCAUUCGAAACAGCAUGUCGUUUAUUCAUAAGCAUUAGUGACCGCAAACACAUAUGGGAGCUUCAUCAUCUAUUCUCCGAAUUUCUCGAUGGGGUGAUCAGCAUUCCUCUUAAUUUUCCUGGUACAAAAUACUACCGAGCGAAGAAGGCAGUGAAACAUAUCCGUGGCGAGCUACGUGAGAUAAUCACACAAAGGAAAUCAAGUCCAGCUGGAUCAUGGAAUCCGGAAGAUCUGCUAUCAUAUUUGCUCCAAAAUGGGGACGAAAACGGAAGGUUUCUGACAGAUGAUGAGAUUGUUAACAACUUGUUGGUGUUUCUAAUCGCAGGGCACGAGCCUACUAGCAGUACGAUAACAUCACUCGUGAAAUUCCUUGCUGAGAUGCCCCAUGUAUACCGGACAAUACUCCAAGAACAAAGGGAAAUAGCAAAGUUGAAAAAGCCCGGAGAGAGGUUGAAGCCGGAGGACAUACGUAUGAUGAAAUACUCAUGGAGUGUAGUGUCUGAAGUCAUAAGACUUGUGCCACCAGUCAUCGGUGCUUUUAGGGUUGCCCUAGAGGACUUCUCUUAUGGCGGAUAAACCAUCCCUAAAGGAUGGAAGUUGCUUUGGAGCCCAACCACAACAAAUAGCGACCCAGCGGUCUUUCCAAGAGAAAAGGACUUCGAUCCGACGAGGUUUCAUGACGCUUCCCCCCCAAGCACUUAUGUUCCUUUCGGGGGAGGGCCUAGGAUGUGCUUGGGCAAGAAUUACGCCCAAAUUGAGAUCCUUGUAUUCCUCC